GCGUGGCUGCCUAAGGCACGAUGUUGACCUUAUUGGCUGAGUCACGAACGGGGAGGUGUGGUGAAGACGCUGAAACGUUAAACAAACGUCCCGUGCUGUGGGAGAAGCAGGAGCAAGACCGAGGCUCACGCCGAACCUGCUGCCACUCAACACCGAGGUCAAAACUCCUCAGCCAAAAUGUCUGCUGCCAAGCGUGCCAAGGGGAAGACAACGAAGAAGCGCCCCCAGAGGGCGACUUCCAACGUCUUCGCCAUGUUCGACCAGUCCCAGAUCCAAGAAUUCAAAGAGGCUUUCAACAUGAUUGACCAGAACCGUGAUGGCUUCAUUGAUAAGGAGGAUCUUCACGACAUGCUCGCAUCUCUUGGAAAGAACCCCUCAGACGAGUACCUGGAGGGCAUGAUGAGUGAGGCUCCAGGUCCGAUCAACUUCACCAUGUUCCUCACCAUGUUUGGAGAGCGACUCAACGGCACCGAUCCCGAGGAUGUCAUACGGAACGCCUUCACCUGCUUCGACGAGGAUGGUUCAGGUUUUAUCCAUGAGGACCAUCUUCGCGAGCUCCUGACCACCAUGGGCGACCGUUUCACAGACGAGGAGGUCGAUGAGCUUUUCCGCGAGGCACCGAUUGACAAGAAAGGAAACUUCAAUUACACAGAGUUCACACGCAUCCUCAAACAUGGUGCCAAAGAGAAGGAUGACAUAUAAAUGAAUUAAAAAAACAAAGAAACAAAAAAACAGGAUACAAGAUUUACCGAGCGUUCAUCUGAAAUCAGGACUGUUCUCCAAAUGCUGAUUAUACGUUGAUGAUCUUACUGUGUCUGCAUAAGUACUCUGGGGGUUGUUUUGCACACUGAUUAAGCCUAAUUUAGCCAGGUUUAAUGUCUGUCUGCAAAACAAUCCCGACCAGCUUCAGGAGGGCUUUAUUCUGUCAUGUUUACUGCAUACCGAUAUCAUUAUUUGUCUAAAGGCAACAAUUUACCCACCUACAGCUGUGGAAUCAGCAUUGUUUUAAAUUUGGCCAUGAACCCAAUCUCUUUCUCUCUCUCUCUCUUUGUUGAACAGAAUAAGAAAAGAUUAUAACUGAAUAAAAUAACACUGUUUUGCUUUCCACAAA